AUGAUCUUCAGAAGACGUUUAUUAAAAUUAAAUAAUAUUUUUAUUUUAUAUUCUUUUAUUUUUUGUUUAUUAAUGCGUGCUAAAUGGACAACAAUAAAUAUAAAUAAUGAUUUAAUACAUAUAUUUAUAACAAAAUCUUUUUAUUAUGAUUAUAUUACAAUAAAUGAGACAAAAUAUGAAAAAUCUUUAAUUGUUAUUUUUAAUGCUGAAAAGAAAAUUCCAAUUAGCCGUUUGAGGAAUGGGGCUGUUUGUAUAAUAUAUAAUCCAAAUGGAGUUAGAACAUGGAGAAGGGCUUAUAUUGAAGGAAUUAUUGGAGAAAGACCAGAUUUUGAAUGCAAAAUUUCUGUUUAUAGACUUUUCUGUCCACAAUUGCCAAUUAAUAAAAAUGAGAAUAUUGAAGAUAUAGAUGUAGCUAUACGUUUAACUUUAAAUGCUGAACCUUUUCAUGUAAAUUUUUUGAUUAUCAAAAUCCUUCUCUAA